AUGACUCGAUCACUGCUGCGUGCCGUUGCUCUGACUUCGGCUCUUGCCCUUCUGGCUGCACCAGCUACUGCUCAAUCGACAACCACGGCAACCACAGCACCCAAAUCCAUUACCACUCUCGGCUGCUACCAACAUCCAGACCCUCUUGUUGAACAAGGCGACUACACAUUCCAAACGUCGGGAUACUGUCAAUCACAAUGUGUAGCGAUGAACAAAGCUGUCAUGGCCAUAACAGGAGGCUCAACAUGCUAUUGCGGUGAUGAACUACCCUCUUUGGAUCAAGAAGUCUCGGAUGAUAAGUGCGACUCUCCUUGUAAUGGUUACGACCAAGAAAAUUGUGGUGGUUUGGGCUUUUGGCAAGUCUACCUCACUGGUUUGACGGCGGAUGUCGAGACUGCCCCCAACAGUACCACCGUCUCCGUUAUUCCUACUCCAGCACAAACUGCUCAAAGCUCCGCUUCUACAAAACCUUCGGUGAUCACCAAAGCUGGCGAGACUGUCGUGGUAACAGCUUCAGCUGCUGCCAACACUGCGGAGCCUAGCAGCUCAUCUGGUUCAUCCGGGGGCCCUAGCGUAGUUGGAAUCGCCGUCGGCGUGGUGGUAGGAGUUAUUGGUCUCGCUACCAUCAUUGGUGGUAUCCUAUUUUACUUGAGACGCCGAAGAAACCGAGAGAUCGAGGAAGAACAUCGUCGCAAUGCUGCAGUGAGCUCAUUUGUUGGGUCACAAAAAUCAGACAAGUCUUCCACAGACCAACGACUUGACCCGUCGAUCUAUUCGCAUCGCCGACAAAGUAUUGGUAGCAUCGCCGAUGAACGAGACUUCUCAAGGAGGAUAUUACAGGUGCGUUGA